CUAUAUCAAGAUAGCGCAAGGCCCGAUGGUACUUUUGGCAAAACAUGGCGCUGGUUUUAUUAUCUCGGAUAUGACCUCUUUGGAAAACACGUUGUAAAUUAUUCAUUUUUCGCCCGAUUCUCCUGAAUUUCAGAUGUUUAAUUGAAUGGCCUUAUCAAAAAAUGAAAAUGUUGUUAUUUGGCUGACUCUUUUCACCUGGAAGUCAAGAGCUAAGUAACACUGAAUUGAAGCACAGUAUCAAAUUGUGUUAACUUUUCUCCAAGAACAACAACUUGAAGGGCGUCUGAAGAAUACUAUCAGCUUGGAUUAUUCUGUUCGUUUGCUGGAGGCACCAUAGCACUUGCAGCAAAGCUAUUCUCGGGGACGGCUUGGAAGAAGUCUCGGCGAGUUCAUCUUUUGUAGUGGUGUGUGAAGCCGAAUAUAAAAUUCAUGCAUACCACGAAGGUUGAGGUGUGAAAAUCGCCUGUUCCUGCAAUUGUUCUCCUCAUAUUAGUGUCGAGUACGGAUACGUGGACUUAAAAUGGAGGAUCUAACUGGGCAUUCCGAAUCGAGUCGUGAUGAAUUUUUAAACGAUCCCCCUGCCAGUACACUCCAUUCCACAGUGUCAGUUGACGAGACCGAAACACAAGGCCCUGCAGGGUUUCUGGAGAGUUCAGAGGAAACCUUGGAAGUCGGCGGGGGCGAGGACAGCGAUGAAAUUGCAUGUACAGAUACGAACGUGGGUGAACGAAAUUCGUCACCUGUGGAAGUCGCUAGCGGUGAUUUGAAAUCAAGUGAACAAGGCGAGACAGAAUUGCAAGGUGGUCCGACGAGCAGUCAAAAUGCUGGCGAACUCGAACUCGUGAAUAAAACAACUCCAGCAGAGGUCGAGAACGGCACGAACAAUGAACAAGACACAACGCAAAGCCACUUGCAAAUAACGGAAAACAGCGGUAGUACUGUUGAGGUAUCCCCGACAAGUGAACCAUUAAAAGACGCCAGUGUAUCAGAGGGGAGCGAUAGUUCAACGCAACUCGAUAUCACAACAAAUGCCCUCGACUCCGGUUUAGAAGUUCCAGGGGACGAACCUUUGUUGACGGCAGGAACCGGAAGUGAAGUCGGAAAGGAAAACGCUGAAACAAGGACUGCCCAAGAACAACAGGCUCUAGAGUCACUUUAUCACAUCAAGUGGAUAAAAUGGAAAGGAAUUAACACCCCUAUCAUCACUCAAAAUGAGAACGGUCCUUGCCCUCUGCUGGCAAUUGUAAACGUACUACUUCUGCAGAGACGAAUUAAUCUUCCCUCCCAGCAGACAUAUAUUACAUCAGGGCAGCUCAUGGAGUACAUUGGAGACUGCAUCCUAGAGGAAUCACCCAAGGUUUGUGAGUAAUGUGACCACCAUUUGGCCAUAAAAGUAUGACUGUAUUGUAACAAGGUUAUUGAAUUAAUGGGGAAUGUUCAAAUAAUGAUGCUAGUGCUUAGGCAUUUUAAAUGAUAUCAUGACAGAGAAUAAUUUAAUUCUCAUGAUCAAGCAGAUGUUUCAAUGUGGCUCAGUUGUUUUUGAAGAAUAAUUGUGGCCAAUAAGGUUCUAAAAUUCUUUAAAACCCUGACCAGUCUGAGGCACAGAUAGUGUUGAACUUGCAUUUAGACUUGCAUUACAGUGUACAUGUAGGUGACAAAACAGGCAACCAAGUUUGCUUGUCACUGUACCCUGGGAAACUCCCAUAUAUAUGAAAAUGUGGAGGAUGUUUGUCGAAAAAUUUGAAUAAAAGUUCCCUAAAAGGAGACCAAUGUGGGCAUGGCUUAGCCUGCGUAGCAAGCGUUUCCGUGGGUUUGGAAGCAAAGAAAGACCGAGGA